AUGGCCACGAUCGAGCCACGCUUAAUUCAUCUGCUCAACGAGCCAACGAGACCGCAACUCAACCAUGCCGAUCUUCCACCGCUUCAUUCCCUUGCAUUCCCUUCUGCCACUGAUCGAUCAUUGGCCCCAAUCGAGUCCGACACGAAUCAGUAUGGUGAUAGACCACUUGCUGACACGCAGUCUGUUAUUAACGCCGUUGAUUUAAUAAAUUUGACCAACGAUGAUAUUUCUUCAGAACCCCGCAAGGAAGGGAAUGUUCAGGAUGGAAAGAUUGUACCGGCUUCCGGAGGAUUUCCGCUGCGAGUAGCUUCAAGCGACUCGGAUGCUGUAGAACCAACCAGUUCAAUAAGUCGGUUAUUAGGUGACGGUCCCGAGCUUUUUGAAGACGUAUCGAACAAAAAACGACAUCGCAGCCUCCAUGUUAAAGAUGAGUUCAUGCAGCUCCCACAACCACUGAAAAAGCAAAAAGCCGCUCAGCAAGCGCCAGUAAUGCCACCGAUCAUCAAUGGGCUUCACGAACCUCCACCUCACGCCGCUUUGUUUCCUCCUAUAUCGUCGGAUUCGUUUGAUAGCAAGGAUGGCUCGCAUAUGAAGGCAAUGCCCGAUUUUAUGCAGCCUUCCGUCCAGCCAUCCACUCAAGCGUCUCAAGAUGCUGAAGCGGUUUCGGUAGCUAGCAAAACGCGCAAGCGGACCAGCAAACCGAGACGGAAGUGGUCUGAAGAGGAGACAAACCAUUUGUUAUUGGGCGUCAAUCGAUAUGGGGUCGGAAAGUGGACGAGCAUACUUGAAGAUACCGACUUCAAGUUUAACGACCGCACAGCUGGGGAUCUCAAGGAUCGGUUCAGGACGUGCUGCCCCGAGGAGCUCCGCAAGUCCAAUCGACCGCUUGAACUAGACUCGCCUUCACGCUUCGAUCGGGCGUCGAACCAGACGGGCAAAACAGAUGUGCACUUUGAAAGGAUAUUGAUGGAUGGAAAUAGUGCAUCGGCAGAAUACACGGCCUCAACGAUGCAGCAAGAGGUUGACACUACUCCUAAACAGAAAAGAAGUCGAGCACAUCGCAAGAAGAUGAAGGAUCUUGUGGAGCUCGGUAUUCAUGGGCCUUUCAAGAAGUCGCAUCGCCGCGAACGUCGACCUUUUACUGAACAAGAUGACAUGGAAAUUCUUAAGGGUUUGGAGAUCCAUGGGCCCGCUUGGACCAAGAUUCAUCGUGACCCGCGCUUCAAUCUUUCCAGUCGCCAACCAACAGACUUGAGAGACCGAGUACGCAACAAAUAUUCCAGUGUUUAUCAGCGAAUAGAGAAAAGCAAUCUCCAGGCCAGGGAGAUGAGCCGGGGGAACGAUGUUGUGGUACCGUCUAUGAGAAUACCAGCUGGGAAUUUAUUUGAACCUCGAAAGGCUACAACAUUAGAGCCACAAAUGAACCAGUCGACCUCGCGCGAAGACCUUUCUCGAUGGCCAGCUCAGCAAAAAAUCGAAACAGGUGACAUUAUGGGAGCAGGCCAUGUUUUCGAGUUCGGUGAAACUAUGCCACCUCAAUUCAUGGGUGGUGAGAUGGACAUCUCGCGCUUAUUACUUGAUGAUGCCAAGCUUUCGCCAGCGAUUCCACGAUUUGGUAUUGAGGGCAUCCCUGGUCUUUCUCCACCAACAAAUACCCCACAGAAAAGUCACAUCAAAGAAGGAAUGCAACACCCGAGUAGGUUAUCAACAGUCGGGCCAGCAUCUAUAAGUCGCAGUUCUCUUCAUUAA